AGUAAAAAGUCACUAAACAUGUCAACAUAUUUUUAUAUGAAUCAAUCAGACAAUUUUAUUUUUUUAGGUGUCAAGAAAAUUGUGUAGGAAAUCACAUUCUUUCGAAAAUUCAUUUCGUUCAAUAGAAAAAUGAAUUAUGACUUUUUGCGCACCUAUAGCAUACCACUAAGGCAUAAUAGCGGCGAUAAGCAAACGUCUCAAAUGAAUCGGAGCUACGAUCAACGUGAGGUUGCGAACAGUUAUGAAACUUUGAUGCCACCUCCUGCACCACCACUACCUUUAGGUGCACCUGAUUACGACCACAGUUCGUAUGCAUAUUAUGACGAUAGCACCAUGAUUAACUAUGUUGGCCAAUCGAAUCAUGCGGCUGAAGCGUGCUAUAAGAAUCGGUUUAUACCAGCGGGUAAACAUGGAGUUACUUAUUUACCAGAAAUUCACAGCAAACCGGUAAAACGUAAAUAUAAUGCCGGUCCUGGAUCAAUUGAAAAAAUUUCGGAAACCACUGCCGAUGGGAAGUUGGUAUUGUUUCAAGGACGUGAUGAAUCGUAUCCAGAUGAAUUAAAUAAGCUGAUACACCCUAUGUCGUGCGAAUUGUGUAAUGUUAAAAUGAACUCAUUGUUAAGCGCCAAAGAUCAUUAUGAAUCAAAAAUACAUGACCGCGGCUUGUCGGCCUGGUUAAAAAAGAAUUAUGUAGAAAAAGGUCUAGAAGCCCCACCGGUAAAACGCUUUCUCAAACAAGGUACUACUGGGCCAGAUGCCUAUUAUUGCGAGGCUUGUGAUCUUAAGUUAACCUCCUUGGCUCAUGCCAAUCAACAUUAUGCAGGAAAGAAGCAUCGUUUGGUUGUUUCUAAAUUUGCAAAGCCUUCAGGAGCUGGAUAUUAUGAUUCGGAAGGUAGAUGGGUGCGCACUGCUAGCAAGCAGAGUGUUAAAGUCCCAAAUGAUGGGCGUUAUGGUAUAGGGGAGCAAUUUAAAAUUUCCAACUCAUCAUCAGCUAAUAGUAAUUCUUCAAUAGACGUAAAACCGAAUGUAGAAACAAGUAAUCAGCCAGAUAACUUACUAUUUUGCUCCAUGUGCAGUGUUAGCGUGACUUCCGCUUUGCAAAUGGCAAUGCACUUGAACGGCAUAAAGCACAAGAAAAAGCUACAGAAAACUGGUGGGGAAAGCACCAAAGUUGCUAAUGAAAGCAACACUGAUCAGCCUGUAACCACUUGUUUCCAAUUACAAGAGAAUGUUUUAUCAACCGUAUUACAAACAGAUUCUACCACAACCGAUCCUAGCGAUUUGUCUAUGUAUCGUACACCGAGCGGCCAAUUUUACUGCAAAGUUUGCAACACGACAAUGACAAAUGUUCCCUCUCUGCAACAACAUUUAUCCGGCAAACGCCAUUUAAAGGCCCAGGCAGAAGAAAAAGCAAAAGCAUCUUUAACUGUAGUAAACUUAUACAAAAUGUAAAUCUUGCGUGGAAUGAUUAUAUUUAUGACAUUGUAUAUUAAAAAAGAAAUAGAAAUAAAUAUUUGAUUUAUGUGA